CAACCAUGGCAUUCAAAUUCGUAGUAUUCGCCGCUUUCGUCGCCGUCGCCCGUGCUGGCCUUAUUGGCCAAGCCGCUUACUCCGCUGCUCCAGCUGUAUCUUACUCCUCCAUCUCCGCCCCAGUAGCUCACACCUAUGCUGCUCCAGCUGUAGCCGCCUACGCCGCCCCCGUUGCCAAAGUAGCUUAUGCCGCCCCAAUCGCCAAGACCAUCAUUGCCGAACCUGAAGCUCCAGCCAACUACGACUUCGGAUACUCCGUCAACGACCCACACACCGGAGACAGCAAGACCCAACAAGAAUCUCGUCACGGAGAUGCUGUGCAAGGAAGCUACUCCCUCAUCGAUGCCGACGGCACCAAGCGUACCGUAGAAUACACCGCUGAUGCCCACAACGGUUUCAACGCUGUAGUACACAAGGAACCCGCCGCCGUUGCCGUCAAGGCCGUAGCUCCAGUCGUAGCCAAAGUAGCUGCUCCACUCGUAGCUAAAGUAGCUGCCCCAGUCGCCUACGCCGCCCCAGUAGCUCACACCUAUGCCGCUCCAGCCGUGUCUGCCUACUCUGCCCCAGUAGUAGCCAAGUACUCUGCUGCCCCAGCUGUCGCCACCUCUUACUCCAGCAUUGCUGCCCCAGUAGCCGUAGCUAAAGUAGCUGCCCCAGCUCUUUCCUACGCCGCUGCUCCAGCUUUGUCCUAUGCCGCUCCAGCUCAUUCUUACUACCACCACUAAAUUAUGACGUUGUAAAUGUAUGAAUGCCAUGUAAAUAAUUAUUUAUUAUAAAUUAUAAAGUUUCUUUUUUCAAAUGAAUGUAUUUUUUACACAUUU